ACUGUCAUUGUCAUUCAUGUCAAUCCGUGAAUUUUAUAAAAAAAAUAGGUUACGAAACAAAACAAAAUGCGAAUAUUUACUUUUUUAUCGAAAAAAGUCGGAGAUCUUACUGUAAAGUACUCUAAUCUCCCCGAAUCGUACAUUAAACGUAGUUAUGAACAGGUAUAUUGGAAGAAUCCUGUGGGGUAUCCUCAGUAUCCAAAGGCUCAAAUAGCCCGCAAGAAGUUUCGUUUUACAACAAACAGGCCUUGGUCUGGUCAGUUCAGGCAGCAAAAUGAUAUAAACACAUACAGAAAAAAGGUGUUCAUAGAACCCGUGGGGGAGUGGUCGUUCUUCAAAGGAGACCGUGUUGAGGUGAUGGUCGGCAAAGACAAGGGCAAGCAGGGCAUCGUGUCUCAAGUCAUACAGGAACGGAACUGGGUGUUUGUCGAGGGUCUCAACACGCACAUUAGAAGAGUUGGCAAAGACAAAGACUUCCCUGGCGUGAUACUCCAGUCCGAAGCACCGCUGCUGGUCACAACGGGAGUCAAACUCGUAGACCCCGAGACAUUGAAGGCCACGGAGUUCGAGUGGAGAUAUACUGAAGAGGGGGAGAAGGUCCGAGUCUCAUUGUCAAGUAGCCGAAUCAUACCCAUACCUAAAUCAGCGGAAGAAACCAUAGACUAUAAAAGCAAAGCCUUAUACGUUGAGAAUGAGGAUAAGGAUACAAAAGCUGAUGCUGCUACCAGGAUAUCUUUCGAACCACAACUUCGCACUUUCGAAAUGGACAUAAUGGAAGCUAUGGGUAUCAAGGAAGACAGAGUGCCGGCUAAAUCUUAUUGGUAUUAAAUUAAUGUGAUUAGUGAAUAGUUUUGAUGUUAUAAUUGUAUAAAUAUAAAGUAUUUAGGAGAA